UUCUGUCAUAAUUUUGUAAUCAAAAAAUCAAGUUUUGCAUUUGCAGAGCCGGUUAAUUGAUAAAUUGCUCCGUAUUUGUUUAGCACAGCACACACCAAAUUCAGCGCGGCUACUCUAAAGGCAGAAGCAUAGCAAAAAGUAUAUAUAAUGGACGGACCUUUUGCACGAAAUGAGGAUACGGAGGUGAAUAGUUGGAUUAAAUUUGGCAUGCGGCUGGGUGUUAGCGCUGCCCUGCAUCCAUUUGAGUACUCCAAGACGCUGAUUCAGCUGGGAUAUGAGCCCAUUGCGGCCAUUCCCAGCACGUCGUGGACGGGCAAACCAAUCCUGAAGCUGCCGAACAUUUUCCAAUACACCGGUCACAUCAAGAGAAUCGAUGGGUUCUAUGGUUGCUACCGCGGCCUGGCUCCUAAGCUGGUUGGAUCCGUCGUGGCGAUGGUGGUGAGCGAGCGAGUGGCCGACAAACUGGGACUGAAUCAGUUGGAGGAAACCAAGGACGACACUGAUCUGUCGGAGGAAGACGAGUAUGCUCAGUUCAAGUUGAAUCUGAAGCGUGAUAUUGUCGUGACUGUGAGCGGAAUUGUUGCUUCGCAUCCUUUCCACGUGAUCUCGGUGCGGAUGAUGGCCCAGUUUAUUGGCCGCGAGACUCUCUAUAGAUCAAUAGCCGGUUCGAUUGUGGAGAUCUGGAAGACUGAGGGAAUUGGUGGCUUUUUUGCUGGACUGGUGCCCAAGCUCUUGGCCGAUGUGGCCUGUCUGGUACUCAGCAGCUCCACGAUCUAUAUUAUUAACAAAUAUUGUAUCAAGGACAAGCUGGCCAGGCAGUACAACGGUGCCAUGAUGCAGUUUGGCUUUUCUAGUCUGCUGUAUCCUUUGCUAGUGGUUUCGACUUGCUCUUCUGUGAGUGGGUCGCGUCUGAUGGCAGGCCAACCGCCCAUCAUGCCCGCUUACGCAAAUUGGGUGGACUGCUGGAACGAUUUGCAGGCACGAAAGGAGCUGAAGCGUGGCGGCUCGCUCCUUUGGCGCUCUCAAAUCAGACGUUCUCCCACCCUUUCUGCUGGCUAUGUGCCCUUGCCCUCUCUGGCUCGUUACCAAUAAACACCACAGCACACAUAAUAACUACGUCGAGAACAGGCUCUCAAUUGCCAAACACGCCUAGCGGUGUUUGCCUUUGCAUUUUAAUGGUACCACGACGACGAUGAGGUCCAACCGAAGACAACCGCAUUUGUUUUACUGCGACAAACCCAAUUAUACAUCUACAUAUGUUGACGUGUGUGCAUUCCCAUCGGGGUCGCUUAGCCUUACGUUCUAUCUAUCCUCGCAUUGUAUCCAUUUAUUUAUCCGCGUCCCUAUAUCUCCAAAUUCCUCUAGAACGAAACCGUUUUCCCAAAUCCCACAGACUGCGCAGGAUCCUUGUUACUGUUUUAUUGCGACAGCGUUAAAAAUAAAAAUACCCAAAGAGCGGAAAAA